GAAACCCACGCAACAGAAAAAGCUAACUCAAUUCCUGGCACGGCCACAUUUGACAGGAUGUUUUCAAUCAUGCUUCUCUUUUGCACUUCUCUGCUGAGCUCGUACAAAGCUAAAGAAUGCAGCACUACAACUCCUUUAUUUGUGAUGUUGGGGACAGAUGCACACCUGGAAGUCACGGAACCUGUUCAUUUAGUUCAGCACAGUCAGUUUAGAUGGACAUUUAAUAACAGUGUCAAUAUAGUGAGGGUAUUUUCUGAUAACACAAACCGUACACAUGACAAUUAUAAAAACAGGGCCACUAUUUCAGGAGAUUACUCUUUGCUGUUGAAGAACCUGCAACAAGUGGAUAAAGGUUAUUACACUGCAGUUUUUCUCAGUGACGUUGACAAAUGUUUGGCUGAAUACAGCAUCACGGUUGAAGAUCUAGUGUCUGCCCCUGAGCUGACAGUGGAGUCUGUGUCCAACAACUCCGACUUGUGCGUCCUCACUGUGAACUGCAGCGCGCAGGACUCACACAUCCAAAGCACUUUAAGAUAUGACGCCAACAACUGCAGUCUGCUGGAAGGAGAAACAUCCAAGGUCACCGCCGAUGGUGCUUCCCUCCAAAUUAAACUGGUAAACUGCUCGGUCAGUUGUAACCAUAGAAACCAUGUCAGUGAGCUAAAGGCCGUGAAGAAGAUUCAACACUUCUGCCCAACAAAAUCUGCUUCAAACAAAACCACCCAAGUUGUGAUACCUGUGACUGUCAUCGGGAUUUGUCUUGUCCUUUCCAUUGGCCUUUUCUUGAAACGUAGACCUACAGGUAGGACACAGACCUGUGAAAAUACAAUAUAUGACACUCUUCAGAACAAUAAUUCAGUUCAAACCGUGGCUCCGAAUCCCCCAAGUUUUUCUUCAACUACCAUCUAUGCCCACCCUGAACCAGACCAAUCCACCAGGACGCCAAACAUCGACUCAGUAGAGACCCUGUACGCUAGAAUUGAUCAAUCUGCCAAGACGAAGCCCCCAAGCUCACACCAUGGACAACAUAAUUAAUGAUUGUGCCAGGAUGAGUUUUUCUACUGUAUAAAGUGUGCAUAUGUUUUUAUGUGUGUGUGUGUAUAUAUAUAUAUAUAUAUAUGUUAAG